AUAAAGAGCCUUGCACUGUCCUCCUCGCUUUCGUUUUUUUCAAAAUUGACGCUGGAUGGUGAGUUGAGUUGUGACAGUCAUGGAGGGAGAAACCCUAGAACCAGAUAUAAGAGUUAAAUGGAAGUAUCCUGUACCUGGCAUGGAUUCUGUAGUUGCUACAGUAAGCGGAUAUCAUGGUGUGGGGAGACUCAAACUCAUUAAACUCAUCAAUCAAACCGGUGCUCACUAUGUAGGCAAUAUGUCAAAGUCCACAUCACAUUUGGUGUGUUGGCAAUUCAACGGAAGAAAAUAUGAUUUGGCGAAGAAGCUUGGGACAAAAGUGGUCAACCAUCGCUGGUUUGAGGAUUGCAUGAAGGCAGGGAAGCUGCUUCCAGAAAGUGGCUAUAACAUGCUUUGUGGGCAGGAGGUUGAUCCUUUAUCAUGGGAAGUGCCAGCUAAUGCAGUUGAGACUGGGCAUAAGAAGAAAAGGUUACCUGAUCAAUCCCGUGCUUUUCAAUCACUUGAUGUUGACAGGAGCUAUUCUAGUGUUGAAAGUUUGGCUCAGUUUCGGUCCUCUUUAAGAAGUGAGAAUGCAAAUUCUAAUUCAGGAUCGAGUGAUAGGACUGCAAAGAUGAAUAAGUUAUCCAGAGAAAAACACAAGUUAAGGGAACUGCUGCAAGUCAAGGAAAGGCCUCCGCUACAGCUUGUAGACAGAUCAGGUCGAGUAAUGUCUGCUGAAUCUAAAGCUUGUAUUUCAUCCACAUGCCACAAAUCGAGUCUCCAUAUGACCACCAGAAACAACUCUCCUCCUGCAUCGACUUCUGUUCCGACACGUAAAAGUCGCCGGCUUGUGAAGAAAAGUUCAUGCUAUGAUACCAUUUUGAGUGAUGGCGUUGAACUUGAUCAGAUCAAAGAAAACCAGCCAAAUCAAUUUAACAUUGUCAUUAGUAGCAGCAGUGCUGAUUGUGAUUCUCUUAAUUCAGAAAGUAUUAGGAACGAGGAUCAGUUAGAUACUGGCUUGUUGACUUCACGAAAUGCUGACAAAGAGAUUGGUAGAUGUGAAAGUAUAGGGGUAGAAGCUGUUGAAGAAGCAGGGUCAGUGCUUGGCUUGCCUAUUUCUUUGGCCGAUGUAUCAUGUGCUAUUUGUUGGACCGAUUUCAGUUCAACCAGAGGUGUGCUUUCAUGUGGGCACCGAUUCUGCUUUUCUUGCAUUCAAGAUUGGGCGGACCAAAUGGCCUCCAAGGGAAAGGAAUCGACGUGCCCCUUGUGCAAGGCUUGCUUUGUGUGCAUUACCAGGUUAGAGGAUGCCACAUCCCCUGACCAGAAAAUGUUUUCGCAAACUCUGCCUCAGGCUGCGAAUACCAGUGUUGUCUUGCUGCAUGGGGCUGAAGACCAAAGCUUUGCAGCAAUGCAGGAUUUGGCCUUCAAGUGUCAUGAAUGCCGAAGUGGAGACACAGGGGAGUGUCUAUUGAGGUGCCGAGCAUGUGGGAAUCGUUGGGUUCAUACUUUUUGUUUGGACCCACCAUUGUCAAGACAUUCAGCAUCAUGGACAUGUAAUCCUUGUAAUCUUCGUAGAAGGCCUUUCUAUGGCAUCUAAUCUUCUCUCCUCCCUAUCAAUUGGAUCCUCUUUCAUGGAAAUGUGAGAUGCAACAAAUUUUGCCUUAAAUUGCUGUCUUCGAUUUGAAUCAGGAGGGUGUAUUUGACAUUUUUCAAAAUAGUCUUUCUUAAAUGGGCAAAUCAUCAACUUUGAUCAGUA